AAACCAAAACAACAUUCUUUUUAGAAUACUUUGUUUCUCUUCACAGGAGCAGGUUGUGCCACAGCAUUGGGCUUGUUGCCACAGAGCAGACUCAGGUGACAGGGUGUGGGAUGGGCCUGGGGGCUGAGGGGAGGUGGUCUUAAAUUUUGACUGGAAGAGAGAAUUUCAAUUGCAGGGAGAAGUUUUAAUUGCAGGAGAAAAUUUUAAUUGAGGGGAUUUUAUUAGGGGAAGAUUAUCUUAAAUGGGGGGAGAAAACUUUAAUUUAGGGGAGAAACACUUAAUUUUGGAGAGAAAAUAUUAACUGAAAAGAAAAUAUUAAUUGAGGGUAGAAGGUAUUAAUUGGGGGAAAAACCUUAUUGGGGAGAAAGGUUUACCGGGAGGAAAAUCUAAUUACAGCAGAAAAUUUUAACUGCAGGGAGAAAAUGUUACCUGAGGAGACUUUAAUUUUAAUUUUUAAGAUUUUAAUUGGUGGAGAAAACUAAUUUGGGGUGAAAGUGUGAUUGUGGGGAGAAAACUUGACAUACAGGGAGAAAAUUUUAACUGAGGGGACAAAAGUAUAAUUAGGCAGAUAAAACUGAUUGGGGGGAGAGGAAAUUUUAAUUGCAGGGACAAGAUUUUAAUUGUGUGGGAAAACUUCAGGUGGGGAGAAAAGUUUAAAUAUGGUGCAGGGAGAAAAUUUUAAAUUGUGAGAAAAUGUUAAUUGAGUAUGGAGAGCCUUCGUGACACCUCUGAUAGAUGAAACUUUGCUUGGCAGGUGAGGCAAGAGCACCUGUAGAGGUGGAACCCCAAAAAUGGAGGAAAUGAGAGUUUAUUCCGGAUUUUUGGGCAUGGAAAGGAACAAGCGGGCAGGUCACAGCAUGGAGAUGAAGCCGGAGGCACGUGUCGCCUGCCAGGUGAUGCUGGCAGUGCUUUUCACAGCUCUGUUCAUCACAGCCAUUGCUUUUGCAGUGCAAGCUUUUCAGCCUCAUGCUCAGCCCUGCUUUCAGUGCCCCUUUGACUGGAUCAGGUACAGAGGAAAAUGCUACUAUUUUUCUGAGGUUGAGGGGAACUGGACAUCCAGCCAGGACAACUGCUCAGCAUUUGGUGCUUCCUUGGCCAUGCUGGACAGCACUGAGGACUUGAGCUUUGUGAUGAGAUACAAAGGCAUCUCAGAGUACUGGGUUGGCCUUUUGCGGGAGGAUGAGGAGCAGCCAUGGCAAUGGGUGAACCGCUCACCUCUAUCUCACCUGUUUUGGAUCCGUGGUGGUGGGCUCUGUGCUUACCUGGAUGGCAAUGGGCUCAGCUCCUCCCACUGCAGCACUGAGAGGAGCUGGAUUUGUAAUAAACAAGAGCUGCAGAGCUCAGGCAAGGGCAACAGGAUAAGACGGCCUCCAAACCUCUGUGUCAGCUCCUUGGGUGCUGCAGGGAGGCCUUCUCACUCCCAGAUAUCGGGUGCACCAUAGGGACAUGAAAGAAAAUCUCAAAAAGAUUUUGAAAUCCCUGAGCAAGGGGUUAUUUGGGUUUCCAGAGGCCAACAAGGUGUUUCCGGGACAAGGCAGCCUUUGGGGAUCCACAUGAUCUUGAGACUCCAGCGGGGUGGGGUGGGGGGGCAGGGCAGCUCUUGGAGGCUCUUUUUGGGUUUGGGGCAACUUGGU